GUGACCAUAUUUGGGUGAGAGGCUGCCUGAGGACACUAUCAGCCUGUCACUCAAAGCGGCCCGCACUUAAUUAUACAUAACUUAAAGCAGUAAUAAAAUGUGAAUGGGUGAGUUAUAUAAAAAUUCAAUCGGAAAAAUUUGAAAAAAAUUAGAGAAGGUCAAGCGACUUUGCUCAUUAUAAUACUUAGGGUUGCAAUGGUAGGAGAUUUUAAUGGUACAAUAACCAUCUCAGAAAUUAUUGCGGUUUCACGGUAUCAGUAUUACAAGAAAGUUAUUAUCAGUCAGCAUGACCCUUAAAGGCAUUAAAACAAAAAGGUUAUUUUUGGUUAAACAUUUUAUCAAUGUAAUUAAAGCUUGAAACAUUUUUGUAAUGAAAGUAUGUGUAAAAAGUCUCCCUCUGAAAAUAACUAAAAUAAAGAAAAAGAAGAUCUACUUAAGUAAUCGCCAAGGGUAAAUUCAUUUUUUUUAUUCUGUUGUCAUAUACACACACAAGCCUGAAAUACACACACAUGCACAAACAGGACCUAUACUGGCAUUUAAUGGAGAGAUGUCGAGGGGGCUGCCCAUGGACAGGCGCCCUGAGCAGUUGGGGGCUUGGUACCUUGCUUAAGAGCACCUCUCUAGCUACCAGUCCACACUCCAUAUUAGGUCUGGAUGGGGACUUGAACUAGUGACCAAAUGUACACGGAUAACCGUUACCAAUUUUAAUAUCACUGUAUACCUUGUAACAGGUAUACUGUUGCAACCCUAAUAAUAUUAUUAUCUGAACUUUGGGAACCCUAUUUAUUGACAUUAAAGCCCUUUUUGCCACAAAGUUCUAAUUUCUCCAUGGUGUUGGUAAAAGAUUUUCAACAUUCACCAGUGUACUUAUGGCCAGUAGUGGUUGAAAUAUUCAUAUAUUUACCUAAAAUGGUAAUGAUACCAUGACAUAAAUAAAAUGCGCUAAUGCAAACACUUAGAGAUUAAAUCAAAAUGUCCAGACGGAGUCAAUGGCCCAUUAAACGCCCUGUUAAUGAAUAGGUCUUGGGCAACUCUUUUUCUGUGUCGGGCUGAUACUCAGUGAUUAAAAAGUCGAUACCCGGCCUCUGAUGUCCUAUUGGAACAAAGUGUGAUCAUCUCUGCGAUCUUCGUGACGCCACUGUUCCGUACUCUUUGCGAUAGGUUAACGCUCUGUAUGCAAACCUGCAUUGUUGCGCUGAAGCGCUGUCAGGACACGUCACGUGCCUCCAGCCUGUAAAACUCGCAGGUUUGUGAAAUGCCAUCUUCCUUUUCAUCUCAUAUGCUUAACACCCGAUAGCCACCCUGAGAGGAUUUAAGCAGACUUGGAGAGACUGCCUGCCAGCUGCUCGGAAGAGGUGGAUUUGGGCGAAGCUCGUUUUUUUCCCCUGUUAUUGUGGAUAAUUCCGUGCUUAGUGUUUUUUUGCUUCUUUGGGCAGUGAAUGGUUGGCACGGCAAGCCCAGUGAUUUCUCUGAAACAUAUGGGAGUCUCAAGAGGACGGGGGUCUGGGAUCACCAAAGACUGAAACGUAAUCUACCAUUUUCAGUGACUCAGCGCGCCUGUUGCACGACCAGAUCUUUCAGUUUCAGGGUUACAAGAUGACAGUGCAUCUAUCAAGUCCAUCUUCGGCGAGGCUGGACUUUUAAACUAUGCGUGACCACUGAGCCGGACCUUGAAGAUUGAAUGAGCAUGUUUGGCACAGUAUCUAUUCGUCUGAAUCCCCACCUUGUAGCAACAGGUUAGGCACCUGGCCUCCCUCAGAUGCUCUUAUAGCGCGCGACUUUGACUUUACUCUUCUUCUUUCUGAUAUUUCUACAUGUCUCUCACCAUGGUGGAGCACAGCGGCCUGGAUAUCAUGUGUCUGAAUAAGUACUGUCACAGUUCGUCCUCGUCGUCCAGCUCCGAGCAGGACAAGAAGAUGUUCACCAAACUAAAACUCCGUCUGUCAGGGGAGUACCCGCAGAAGAAUGCAGAGUUCCUCAGCGGGCAGUACGGAACCAAUCUGCUGCUGAUCGGGAUGGCGCUGAUGCUGGCUAUCGCGCACCACGGCCCCUCUGUCAAGGAAGAGCACCUGCUGUCCUUUGUCAGCUGCCUCAUGAUCCUCCAGCUGAUAUGGAUGAUGUGGUACAUCCUGGUGCGGGACAGACAGAAGAACACGCUCACCGAGAAAGAUGUCCACGCCACCACAUGCUGGAUAAGAGGUGGUUUGACUCUCCUUGCACUCCUUUCACUGAUCAUGGACGCUUUCCGAAUUGGGUAUUAUGUUGGCUAUCAGUCUUGUGUGUCGGCUGUGCUCGGGGUAUAUCCUGUCAUCCAUGCAACUCACACCAUAGCACAGGUACAUUUUCUCUGGUUUCACAUUAAGGAUGUCAUCAAGAGCUUUGAAACAUUUGAGAGAUUUGGUGUAAUGCAUGCAGUCUUUACCAACCUCCUCCUGUGGUGCAACGGCGUGAUGUCAGAGGCCGAGCACUUCUUGAACAACCAUAAGAGAAGACUCACUGCCCUGGGCUACGGAAACCUCACCAUAGUGCACUCAGAGCCUCACUGUAACUGCACCACCAGCACUUGCUCCAUGUUCUCCAGCAGCCUCUUCUAUCUCUACCCCUUUAAUGUCGAGUACCACAUCUUUGUCUCUGCCAUGCUCUUCGUCAUGUGGAAGAACAUCGGACGGACCAUUGACCUUUCCUCAAACCGGAAGAGGCUAGCUACCAAAACUGAGGGCCUGACUGUGGGCCCCAUUUUGGGUCUACUUGCACUGGCCAGCACUAUUGGGAUCCUGGUGGUCUACGUUACCCAUGUUGAGGAAUCCCUCCGAAUGCGUCAGUCAGCCAUUUCCAUGUUCUACAUUUAUGGCAUUGUCAUGCUAGUGUUCAUGUGCUCUGCUGGUGGUUCAGGUCUGCUCAUAUACCGGGCGGACCACGUGCCACUGGACACCUCCAAGAACCCGUCGAGACAGCUGGACACAGAACUGCUGUUUGGGUCCUCUAUUGGCUCCUGGCUCAUGUCCUGGUGCAGCGUAGUGGCUGCAUUAGGUGCCACAAGCAAUCCUCCUUACCGCUGGACCAACCUCAUCUUCUCUCUGCUACUUGUGCUGGAGAAGUACAUCCAAAACCUCUUCAUUGUAGAGUCCCUGUAUCGCCAGCAAGAGGACGGAGAGAGGGAGGACCCCGAGUUACCAGCUGCCCCAGAAAUCUUCUCAGUGACAUCCUCUUUGGCCCCACCGUUCAAUGGCAUCAUCAACCGAGCCUACGAGACUCCAGACAGAAACUGUGCCACCAUGGAGAACGAGCAGGAGGAGAGCGGGCGGGUGUACAGAUGUCCGAGGAAACCUUCUGAGGUGCCGCUGCCUGUGGGAAACAAUGUAAAGGAGCCCCCGAAUAGAAAAAGGCAAAUCCUGAAGAACAUCGCUGUCUUCCAGAUAAUGUGCAACAUUUCGCUGUGGAUCCUUCCUGCCUUUGGCUGCCGGCCACAGUACGACAACGGGUUGGAACAGGAGACAUUUGGCUUUAGCAUAUGGACCACAGUUCUCAAUUUCGCCAUUCCUUUGAACCUUUUCUACCGCAUGCACUCAGUCGCCUCCCUCUUCGAGGUGUUCCGCCGGGUCUGACAGAGGAGCAGAUGACUGACGACGCCAGAUAACAUGCACAGGAACACUUGUCACCACUGGCUCCCGAGAGUGUCUCACAGUGCAGGUCAGCCAUUCAGGAGGCAGUCUGGGUCACACUCCAGCAGACUUGAAACAAGCUGUGGAGACAAACAAAUCGUAGAUCCCUCACUGUGGGGAUUACAGAGGAAGAUGAACCAACGUUCCUUGAAGAAUUACCUUGUAUAAUACAAGGCUGAUUAAAAAUGUUUAUGAAAAGGACUUUUGGUUUCACGCAUUUAAAAAGGACCCUUUGUACUUUCUGUUCUUUAGUCAGAUUUCAGUAGGUUUACUUUACUGGUUUAUCAUUUAAAAUGUAUAUGCUGGAUCUGACACUCACAUUUUAUUAGUCGCUGAAAGUAAAUGAUAGAUUUCUCACAAAAUAUUACAGUAAGCCACUGAAACAGCUGUUUGUCUCAAACAUCUAAUAAGGUAUUAGUACUGUAUUCAACAGAGCCACAAGUGCAUUGCUGUACCACUUGACCCGUAUUUUAUCUGCAUGUGAAAUGUUCAUACUGGAUAUGGAUAUGGUUCUCACACACGUCUGUUAGUAGUUCAAGUUAAAUGAACAGUAUGCAACACUUGAAUUUAAUGAUAGUGACAAUCUUAGCACUAUAUUUUUGAAUAAUCGUUAUGAGUUGGACUAUAGUUCUCUGCCUCUCUCAGUCAUUUAUUAAGGUUCAUCAAUGUCUGUUUGUAUAAUGAUUCUCUGUUCUCUCAAGUUGAAUGGUAUGUUUAAAAUUAUGUUACUAGGUAGCACUGUUUUGAUUAUACCGGAGUCCUGUGAUCUGUAUCCACACUAUAUUGAGAAGUGCUAGGUGAGAUUUGAAAAUUUGUUUUUCUUCUUUACCCUGAUAAGAAUGAAUUCAUGCAAUGAAAAGGUUUAACACAGUUCACAUUAGGUGUAUCUAAAAUUUAAGAGUGGUGAAUCUUCUAUCACAGUAUCUCCAGGAUUAUUACCCCCAUAGAUGGAUUACUGAACAGGCCUACUAGGCACAGGCCCCAGGGCCUGACAUGUCAGGGUCCCGCUACUCUUCACCUACAAAAUGUCACUCAAAUAACAUAUACCAGCCAGGAAGAGAUUCAAAAUGACCACAAAGAGAUGCAAAGUAAAUACAAAAGGGGGAACCCAACCACAAGGGACACAUAAUGACCAAAAAAAGAAACAAAAUCAUUACAAAAAGAUGACAAAAGUAACACAGGAUGACCUCAAAGAGACACAAAAUGACUAUCAACAAAAUUAUUACAAAGAGACAAAACAACUAAAAAGAGGUAAAGCCACCACAAAGUUUGUGUCCUGCCCCCAUGUAGGAGAGGUGGUGGGGCCCACUGUCCUAUAAUCCACCCAUAGAUACACCAAUAUAAAAGAGACGUUGCCGUGAUGACAGCUGCGACACCAGACUAGAGAUUGCAUAUUUAUACCUGAAAAAAUCAGCAAUAAAAAAACAGCCCAGUCUGUGACAUUACUUGUUUCUUUAUCAUGUAAACAGACUGUAUACUUGUACUGUACAAUAUAAUAUGAAAUCAAUGUGUCAUUUCAGUCAGACGUCCAGCAAGUUCUCAACCUGGUGCUAUCCGCUGCAUGUCUUCUCACUAUGUGCCAACUUGUGGUAAAAGCCUUGUUUGUAUUUAGGUGCAAACUGCAAUAUUAUAUAAUCUUUGUUUAAAAAAAAAAAAACAAAAAAAAAACGUGCUGAUCAA